AUGAACUCUUCUGAACGAGGAGGACGAUUCGGGCGAGGCCGCGACGAGAAAGACGAGUACUACAGAGACAGAGGAAGAAGAGAUUCUGUUGGAGGACGACGCCACUUUGAGGAAGAGGAGCAGGAGGAGGAGGAGGAGGAGGAGGAGAGACGAUACCGACAACGACGGCGGUCCCGGUCUCCAGAAGAAAACUUUAACAGAAACGAGAACAGAGGUAGAAACGUGGGCAUAACCGGCGGAGGUGGAUGGAGCAGAGGAGGAGGAGGAAGAGGUGAGAACGAUCGCGACGGCGAUGAAGACAGAGGAGGAAGAGGAAGAGGAAGAGGACGCGACGAUUAUUACGACGAUGAUAGAACAAGAAGAGGGAGAGACCGGUCUCGGUCCCGAUCGAGAUCUCGCGAUAGAGGAGGACAUAGACGAGGGGGGCGAGACGAGCCGUACCGCGCUCGAGGAAGAGACGGCGGCGGAGGAGGAAGAGGAGGAAGAGGAGAACGAGUGAGAGAUUAUAGAGACGACAAUAGACACGACGACGAUAGAACAGACGAGCGAAGAGGCGGUGGUCAACGCAGAACAGAUUUGCCGCCUCCGCCACCGCCUCCUCUGGUAGAAAAAGGAAAAGAAGAACUCGUCGUUGCAGAAGACAACGACGACUUUGAGGACGACGAAGCGGCACAGAUGGCAAAGCUCAUGGGCUUUUCCGGAUUCGAUACCACGCAGAACAAACACGUAAAUGAUCCAAACGCAAACGUUUCCGGCGUAUUCAAGAAAACCAAACGGGAAGCGAGGCAAUACAUGAACCGUCCGGGCGGCUUUAACAAACCGUUGCCGAGCGAAAAGACCAGGUGA